AUGGUCCCCCCAGAAGCCCGCCUCAACAUAAUAAUCGUAGGCGCCGGACUCAGCGGCAUAGCAACCGCCAUAUCCGCCGCCCUGUCCGGCCAUUUGGUGACAGUAAUCGAGCAAGCCAAAGAACUAGCAGAAGUCGGCGCCGGCCUCCAAAUCACACCCAAUGCCUCCCUACUACUAAAGUACUGGCAGCUCCCACAGUCCCUGUGGGAUGCGGCCGCCGAGCCCACAAAGCUAACAGUGCACAAGUACACGGGGCAAGUGCUCGCCCACGAAGACAACUUCGACAAGAACAUCCGCGCCAAGUAUAACAAUGCCCCCUUCGUGGACCUCCACCGCGUCGAUCUCCAGCAGGCGCUGUUCGCGCGCGCACAGAACCUCGGCUGCACAUUCCACAUGAGCCAGAAGGUCGACAAGAUCGAUUUCGAGACCACCAGUGUGCGCACCCUGGCCGGCGACGUGUAUACGGGUGAUUUGGUCAUCGCCGCCGAUGGCCUUUGGUCGAGGUGUCGGGAGGCGUUUGUCGGGAAGAAAGAUGAGCCGCUUCCUACGGGGGAUCUGGCGUAUCGGAUUGUGUUGAGUGCGGAUCAGAUCUCGGACCCUGAGUUGAGGGCCCUGGUUGAGAAGCCUGAGGUUCAUUUCUGGGCUGGGCCUGGUGCUCAUGCUGUGGCUUAUUCGCUGCGUGGUGGCAAGAUGUUUAAUAUUGUGUUGCUUGUGCCGGAUAAUCUGCCUCCGGGGGUUUCGAGACAGGCUGGGUCGGUGGAGGAGAUGAGGGAGCUGUUUGUGGGGUGGGAUCCGAUUUUGAAUCGAUUCUUGGAAUAUGUUACCACAGUGGAUAAGUGGAAGCUGAUGCAUCACGGUGAAAUGGAACACUGGGUCAAUGAUACCUCCAACCUGGUUUUCAUCGGAGACGCCUGCCAUCCCAUGCUUCCAUAUCUAGCCCAAGGCGCAAACUCCUCCCUUGAAGACGGCGCAGUCCUCGGCCUACUCCUAGGCCACAUGACAGACAAGACCCAGCUCCCGCGCAUCCUGCGACUGUACGAGAGUAUGCGUAAAUCACGAGGAGAAUCCAUCGUCAAAGAGACAUUCAAGCAGAGACACGACUUCCACAUGGAAAAUGGCCCAGAACAAGAGAAGCGCGAUGAAGUUUUCCUUUCACAAUUAGGGAAGGAAAUUAAGGGUGCUUUCCCGAGUCGAUGGACAUGUCCCGAGGUUCAGCCUUGGUUGUAUGGAUACGAUGCCAUCAAAGAGGUUGAAACAGCCGUUUCGAAGAACCCGGAUGUUUUUGCUUCGCCGUCUUCGCGUCGUUCAUCUUCUUGUUUGAUUUUAUAA